GUUCUAUGUCACACUACCUUUGUCACACUGAUGUUUGAAAGUUUAAAGUUUGAGGUUGGUUUUUCUAUUUUGAGUGGUUGACUGAACGCUUUGCACUUUGCUCUCAUUAGUCAUUAUUUCCAAAUCAAAUCUAUUUGAAUUGAAUAAUUAAUAUUGAUAUCAAUCCAAAAUAUUCAAUAGUAGUGAAAAUGUGAGGAGAAUGCUAAGACAAUUUUUGAUAAUACUCACAAUAGUGAUAAUAUUCAUUGCUGUGUAUUUUCCUACUAGACAUGCUAGACACUACAAUUACAUAGCUUUACAAAACAUUGCAAAUGAGUUGGAUCUGCGAAAACCCAUUGAAAUCGAUUAUAACUUGAAAAACUGCACUUACCAUGGGGUGGUAUUGAAUAAUGAAGAUAUCAAUAUAGAUUCAGUAUAUGUAACAAAGACAUUCAAUAAAACCUUCAUAGGUGGGGAAUAUAAACCAUCUAGGUGUUUGCCACUCAUAAAAACAGCUUUAAUUGUACCAUAUAGGAGUAGGCCCAAUCAUCUCAAUAUUUUUCUGAAUUAUAUGCACUCAUUUCUACAAAGGCAAAAUAUUCACUACAGAAUAUUUAUAGUAGAUCAGAAUGAUACUUCACCUUUCAACAGAGCAAAGAUGCUCAAUUUUGGAGCCACAGAAGCCAUGAAACAUAAAUAUAACUGUUUGAUCUUACAUGAUGUUGACCUCAUACCAAUCAAUACUGGAAAUAUUUAUGGCUGUACAAAAGUACCUAGGCAUAUGUCAUCUAGUUUGGAUACAUUCAGGUAUAAUCUUCCCUACUUAACUUUAUUUGGAGGAGCAGCUGCCAUUUCCUCUGAACAUUUCAAAAAAGUGCAUGGUAUGUCAAACAAAUUUUAUGGUUGGGGAGGAGAAGAUGAUGAUUUUUACAGGCGUUUGGUGCAGAAUGAUUUGGAACCAUGCAGAUUUCCCCCUGAAAUCAGUAGAUAUAUAAUGUUACCUCAUGAAAAGCAAAAGGCUAGUGAAAAUAGAUUCAAAUUGUUAGAAGAAUCAGAACAGAACCAGAAAACAGAUGGUAUCAGUUCAUUAUCCCAGAACUAUAUUGUAAAACUAGAAGAUUUGUACACUCAUAUCAUAGUUUCUUAAAAUUCAGUACCCUUGAUAUCAAUGAAUUUUAAUAUUAUUGUAAUGUAAAGUAUUUAUAUAUAUAUAUAUGCAUUUACCUGAUUCUAGAUUCUGACAUCCAUAUUCAAAGAAUCAACAAUCAGCAACAAUGGUUGCCAAAUUGUAGAAAUUUUUUAUAUUGAUAAAUAUUAAAUUUGUGGUCAUAUCAUGGGUGAUUCAUCAUUUCCUUUAAUUUGUUCCAAUUUUCAAACUUCCAUACUACCAAAAUAAUCUAUUUGCAAGAUGAUAAUGAGAAAUAACUUCCUCAAAUAUUCAAUAAUGAUUCAUAGGUACCAGUACAAUAUUUAAUUUGAACAUUUAUUUUAAUAAGAUUAAUUUUCAAAAAAUUGUGGCAAUUAAUAUCACAAGUACCUACCUAAUUAGCUAUAGUUGAACAUGGUUGAACAAAUAUCAAUUCACCUUAGUCUGCAUUAACCUAGUCUGGGUUUUUUAGCAUGUGGUUCUUCAGGUGCCAGAACUGACUUGUUAAAUAUCUCCAAAUUUGAAUUAAUGGAAUUCCCUCCACUAUGCAUUUGGUUUUGUUCUUGUGAAUUGGAUAGAUUUGUUUCAUUUUCUUUAUCAUCACUAAAGGCUUCACUUCCUUCCACACUGGCUCUAGUCUUUUCUUCUUCUGUAUAUUUCAUUUGAUUAGUUUUUAUAUCAUCUUUGAGGGAUUCUUCUUUUACCUCUUCCUUACUUGAGUUUUCCGUAGUGUGCCUUUCAAUGUCCUGAGGAUUGUGCAAAUUUGUUUCAUUAUUUUCAACAUCAUUAUCUACUUCAGAUUUUUCUUUCCCUGCAUGUUCCAUUUGGUCACUUUCUGUGUCACUCUCCAGGGAUUCUAGAAUCUUUGACUGUUCUGAUAAUUUUUCAUUAUUCAAAUUUCCCUCAAUGUGCUUCUGAUUUUCCUGAGAAUUGGCCAAAUUUGUUUCAUUGUUUUCAUUACCACUUUCAAUUUCAUUUUCCUCAACACUAGCUUCCCGCUGAUCUUGUUUGGUGUGUUUAAUGUCAUCUUUGAUAACAUUAUUUGUACUGUUUGUAUUUUCAGAUGAACUAGAUUCAGAUUGAAAGAAGUUGGUUAUGGGUUUUUGCCAUGAUGGUGUUUCUUGGUGGGGAAUAGCAGGUAGGCGUGAACUACCUGGAAUUUAGGAAGUAUUAAAAAUAAAGAGGAUUUUUGGGAACCAAAUCACAAUAAUCAUAUAGAGCUCCAACGUGGGAGGAGUACUUGAAUUUCACCUGGGACAUGAUAAUUGUUUUUUUUUGAGAUGUUAUUAUUAUUUGUGAUCUUCAAAUACCUUUAGCAGAAGAUCUACUGGAUGUUAAUGAAGACCCACUGCUGCUUCUUCCUGCUCCACCUCCACCACCACCACCACCACCACCUUUUUUUGAAGACUUCCCAGAACUAACUGAAAUAAAUGAAAUAUGUUACAAAAUUAACCAUCACUGAUACACUUUAGAUAAUAUAACUGAAAG